AUGGAACUUAUAAAAGAUUUUAUUAAUAAUUAUAAAUCCAUAUCUCAUAUUAAUGAAAUUGUUGACCAAGAAGAGAAAAGAGAUGAAUUAACACGCAUGGCUAUAGAAGGUGAUAAAGGAAAAGAUCCUGUACUCACACAGGUUGCUAAAAUGUAUCCACGCUACAUAACAAGAAAUGUGAAAAACCUUAAGAUUAAACUUAUUAAAGUUAUUAAAUCAUCUAUAAGGGAAAGUUUAAUACCGAAGGCAAGUCUUUUAUUUCAAAUUUAG